AUGCUUACGGAAAUCCACCCGGUAGCUAGCCAGGUUUCUGAGAUGGAAAACGAACAAGAGUUUGCCACUCCUACCACGCCUAGCUCAGAAAUCGAACACAAAUAUGUCCCUACACAACCACUGACUCCAAUCACUAGCCAUAACAUCAAUUCCUCUAUCAUUUCUGCUGCCGCAUCUGCAUCAGCAAUCGAUAGAAAACCUCCAAUUACGACGGUAGCCACGGGCCACGUUUCUGCUUUCCAGAGCAACCUAUUCGCUGGAGUAACUGGCUUUGAUGAGACGUUCUUUUCGGCAUCCAGUGCAAAACAAGAAUAUACUUCUUCCUUGUCUACCCCCAUGGAAGUGAAACCGUCUGUAAGCUUCAAGCCAGAAACGUCGACAUAUUAUCCGAUGAACUCAUCGAUGGUCCAUUCCCACCACUUAUCCUCGCCUAGUGUUGUUGUUCCACAGCUAUCAUCUUACGCUGUUAGCCUUGGAGCAGAGGGAACAGAAAGCUUAAUUGCCGAUGGACAAGCGUAUCCAACAAUCGGAUAUGGGAUGGGUCUAAACGAAGCCAUGUACAUUUCAGCGCCAAGUCACAGUCAAAACGGACUCAUGAACUCAGGGCUCGCGCAAAACUCAAUGAUGGCGCACUACAGCGGUCUCGGAACAAAUCAAAUUCACGGUGGUAAUAGUACACACAUGCCUUCGGCCUCGGCGGAGUACGAUACCGACCCACGCGAGUUGGAAGCAUUUGCGGAACGAUUCAAACAACGUCGUAUCAAGCUCGGUGUCACUCAAGCAGACGUCGGUCAAGCUCUGGGAAAAUUGAAAAUACCAGGAGUCGGCAGCCUCAGCCAGAGUACCAUAUGCCGCUUCGAGUCGCUCACUCUUUCGCACAACAAUAUGGUUGCGCUCAAGCCUAUACUCCAGGCUUGGCUAGAAAGAGCCGAAAACGCGGCAAAGGCCAAAAAAGAAGCUGAUGGCUACACAGGAAACGAAAAGAAGCGGAAACGAACAUCAAUCGCUGCACCAGAAAAACGAUCCUUAGAAGCUUACUUCACAGUUCAACCAAGGCCUAGCUCGGAGAAAAUCGCAGCAAUCGCCGAAAAACUUGAUCUGAAAAAGAAUGUUGUCCGGGUUUGGUUUUGCAAUCAGCGGCAAAAGCAGAAGAGGAUGAAGUUCUCGGCGUACAACCAAACCGCCCAAAGUGAAUACUAA